GCCUUGGUUUGGAAUGGACAUUGGUGGAACAUUAGUAAAGCUGGUCUACUUCGAACCGUAUGACAUACUAAGUGAAGAAAGUCAGGAAGCAGAAACACUGUCUAAAAUACAACAUUAUCUAAAAAGUAAUUCAGCUUAUGGUGCCACAGGAAAAAGAGAUGCUCACUUGCAAUUUGGCUUACCAAAAUGUCUAAGCAAGAUGGCAUCAUUCGCAUGUGCGAGCAUGUUUGGAAUUUGUGCAUGAGACUCACCCUAUAAUAACAAGAGAGCACUGCGUGGGACAUGUUGUUGAUCUGGGGAUAAUGAAUGAAAGACAAAGAAUUAAAACAGAAAAUUAGAAAUAACCUACAUGUGAAAAGAUAAAGACAUGAAAUUAUGAAUAUGACAAAAAGAAGUUUGAAAACUAUUCUACGAAAAUUUAAAAGAUGGAUAAUGUAGAAAUUCAAGGACACGUUGGUACCUUGCACUUUAUCCGUUUCCCUACCAGUGAGAUGAGAGUGUUUCUGGAGUUGGCCAAAUCGAAAGGAAUAGCCACAUUGGCUAGUACAGUUUGUGCAACAGGUGGAGGAGCAUAUAAAUUUGAGGAAGACUUUAAAAGAGAGGUGAAUUUAGAACUCCACAAGUUUGAUGAGUUGGACUCCCUAAUAUGUGGCAUUCAUUACAUAGAAGCAAAUUGUGAGGAAGAAUGUUAUUACUUUAAUAAUCCUCUGAAUGAAGAACUCUGUGAAAAGAAACACUUUGACUUCAGUAAUCCCUAUCCUUUUUUGGUCGUUAACAUUGGAUCUGGAGUAAGCAUUUUGGCUGUGUAUGCACCUGGACAUUACAAACGUGUAACAGGCACUAGUUUAGGAGGUGGCACAUUCCUUGGAUUGUGCUGUUUACUCACAGGAUGUGAAACCUUUGAAGAAGCUAUUGCUCUAGCAGAAAUGGGGGACAGUACCAAAGUUGACAAACUUGUGCGAGACAUUUACGGAGGUGACUAUCCAAAGUUUAACCUUCAAGGAGAUACAGUAGCAAGCAGCUUUGGAAAUAUGAUUAGUAAAGAUAGGGUGGGUGCAGCGAGUAAAGAAGACCUAGCUCGUGCCACAUUAGUGACAAUUACCAAUAAUAUAGGCUCCAUAGCUCGGAUGUGUGCUGUCAAUGAGGGUAUAGUAAAGGUGGUGUUUGUGGGAAAUUUCCUUCGGGUAAAUCCUAUUUCUAUGAAACUCUUGGCCUAUGCAAUGGACUUUUGGUCAAAAGGUACACUAAAAGCUCUCUUCUUAGAACAUGAGGGUUAUUUUGGUGCCGUGGGAUGUCUUAUGGAAUUAAUGAAAACUGGUUGCUAAGAAAUGUAACUAAAGUGACUCAUAAUAAGAACUAAAAAGCAGUAUAAUAAAGGUAUCUGGAAAAUAUGACACCAGGAACUUUGUUGUGGAUAUAGUAGAGUGUACUUCUACUAUAAAGAAAUCACUUUUCCAGAAACUCAGACCAUGCUUGUACAAGAUCUCUAUACAUAAAGGAAACAGUGAACCACUAUAAGAGAAAUGUACAAGUACAGCAUUAUCAAGCCAGCAAAAAAUAAGUAAAAAUUAACUUCAUUCUUUUCAGCUGUGAAAUUGAUAAUUUAAUUGUAAUGUUGUACAUUAAAUUCAGUUAAAUAUUUCACAUCUUGUGUCGUAUUUACAAUUAUGACUGAAAAGUGAAGUGAUAUUCCCGAAACAGAGCCAAAAGCUGCUGUUGUACUAAUGCUUUUUCUCUUAUAUUCUCAGAACUGUUUGGUAACAAUAUUAGUUUAGCAUUUCCACUUCUUAAUAAC